AUGGACGGUCCACCUGGUGUGGAUGUGGAGUCAGUACCCGUGGCAACGGGAGCGCCUGUGCCAACUCCUAUACCUGCUUCAUCCUUGGUUCCAGCUGUAGAUACUACUACAUCUGAAGAACCGAAACACGAUGCAACACAACCGAUUGCAGACCCUCUUGCUGAUUCUGGAGAUGAGGAUGAUGAUGACGAUGUAGAAGUGACAAUUGGUGUCAUACCACCGGUCAAUGUGCAGUACAGUUUGAAAGGUCCACUCGAUGCUAAUGGAGACGCUAUCCCAGCAGGAAAGCUUGAUAUCGAUGCAGUACCUACCAUCAAUGAUAAGCCUAUCUAUGACAUUGAUCUGGCGCAAAUGGAAGAUCGGCCAUGGCGGAAACCUGGCGCAGACAUCACUGAUUAUUUCAACUAUGGGUUCACAGAGGACACAUGGAACACGUAUUGUGAGCGCCAGAAGAAGCUGAGGCAAGAGUAUAGUAAUCAAGCAGCCGUGAACAAAGCGCUGUUCUCUUCCAUAAACUUGUCAAACCCUCUUGGGAUGCCACCUACAACAACUGGGGGACGACAAUUAGUCCCACUCACUGAGGGAACUGUCAAAGUACUCACCGAUAAUGGAGGCAUAUUCAAACCGCAUUAUCACAAGCUUGCGACUGAUAAUUCUGAGCCCAUUAUGAGGACAGUCAUAGGCGCACCACCACCAACGUCUGCUCCACCUGGUCCACCCGGCGUGACGCCGACUAACGCCACAGCGCCCAUUGUCGACUUCAGCAAACCGCCUCCGAAUUUACCCCCACCUGCUGCAGCUACACCUGCACCGGCUACUUUACCGCCA